UUAAUUUAUUUUAGUUGUCCUUGUUUGUGGGUAACAUUCUUUAAUGCGAUAAUUAAGGAAUCACUCAAAUCUGUGUUUCUGUUUUUGGAGGCUCCGAUCUGUAUUCUUUACUCGUAGUAAAUCUGAUCUUCCACAGUAUACGGAGUAUUGGAAAGUUCAUGAACAGUGCUUUUAAGAUUUAUAUAGGUUGUUUUCCAAUAAAGGGUAUUGCUUCUUUUUGUGGAGUUUUUGCUUGUCUAUUCUACUAGUUCUGGUGGAGCUCUAAAUCAAGGUCUUGGAGUAGGAGAUAUUUUGUAAGUUUCUGGUGUUUGAUUGGUGGAAUUGGGGAUAGGUGAGACAGGUAGGGAAGGCCUAAUUGAAGUUAGAUUUGGUUGGAUAUCCUGGAUACAUAAGAGCAGCAUAAAAGUUGUAAACAGCCGGAUAAUCUGGGUUUUUUUGGCUUUAGCAGCAAUUGGUAAUUUUGACUGCAAUAGGCUAAACUAAUAUUUCUCAUUUUAUGGUUCAAGGGGCUUUUGUUGCUAUUGAGAUGUUUUGCAAGUGUUUGGCAAAUCUGAGUUUGUUUCAAGUUUGAUUUGGCUUUGUAGCAUAAAACUAUCUUGGAUGAAUUUGUCCAAUUUAGGACUUUGUUGAUGUUCAUGUUUUGGAUUGUAGGAAAGAUAUAGAGAUUAUUCAUUUCUUUAUGAACUCGAAGACUUACGGUCUUAUCUGAAGGAUCUUGUUAGAUCAACAUGAGUAGCAGUAAGACGAUCGUCUGGUUCAGAAGGGACCUCAGGAUUGAUGACAAUCCUGCUUUGGCUGCUGCUGCAAGGGAUGGUAGUGUCUUUCCUGUUUAUAUUUGGUGCCCUAAAGAGGAGGGGCAGUUCUACCCAGGUCGAGUGUCGCGAUGGUGGCUGAAGCAAUCUCUUGCUCAUUUGGAGCAGUCCUUGAAGUCUCUUGGGGCUGAACUUUUGCUGAUUAAGACCCAAAGUACUCUUUCAGCUCUUUUAGAUUGCAUCAACGCUACUGGGGCAACAAAAGUGGUAUUCAACCAUCUUUAUGAUCCUGUUUCACUAGUUCGUGAUCAUAGCAUCAAAGAGAAACUGGCAGAGGUUGGCAUUUCUGUGCAGAGCUAUAAUGGAGAUUUGUUGUAUGAACCAUGGGAGAUAUAUGACGAGAAGGGACAAGCUUUUACGACCUUUGAUGCAUAUUGGGACAAGUGUUUGAACAUGCAAACGGAACCCAUUUCACUUCUUCCCCCAUGGAGAUUGGUGCCAGUUGCAGUGACAGGAACAUUAGAAAGGUGCUCUAUUGAAAGUUUGGGCCUUGAAAACGAAUCAGAAAAAUCUAGCAAUGCAUUGUUAGGAAGAGGAUGGUCUCCAGGUUGGAGCAAUGCUGAUAAGGCUCUAACUGAGUUUGUUGAACAGAAUCUAUCCGACUAUUCAAAAAGUAGGCUUAAGGUUGGGGGCAACUCUACAUCAGUUUUGUCCCCAUAUCUUCAUUUUGGGGAGCUAAGUGUGAGGAAAGUUUUCCAGUGUAUGCGGAUGAAACAGAUACUAUGGAGAAGAGAACAGAAUUCUCAAGGGGAAGAGAGUGUAACACUUUUUCUAAAGGCCAUUGGGCUUAGAGAAUACUCCCGUUAUCUUUGUUUCAACUUUCCAUUCACUCAUGAGAGAUCAUUGCUAAGGAACUUGACGUAUUUUCCUUGGCAUGCUGAUGUGAACCAUUUUAAGGUUUGGAGACAAGGCCGGACAGGGUAUCCAUUGGUGGAUGCAGGAAUGAGGGAGCUUUGGGCAACUGGUUGGAUACACAACAGAAUAAGAGUGAUUGUUUCAAGCUUUGCGGUGAAGUUUCUUCUUCUUCCAUGGAAAUGGGGAAUGAAGUAUUUCUGGGACACGCUUUUGGAUGCAGAUUUGGAAUGUGAUAUCCUUGGUUGGCAGUACAUCUCUGGGGGCUUACCGGAUGGUCAUGAACUAGAAAGAUUAGACAGCCCACAGAUUCAAGGCUCAAAAUUUGACCCAGAAGGUGAAUAUGUAAGGCAAUGGCUGCCAGAGCUAGCAAGGAUGCCAACCGAGUGGAUCCAUCAUCCUUGGGAUGCACCUCCUAUUGUGCUUAAAGCUGCAGGUGUGGAGUUGGGCUUAAAUUAUCCAAAACCCAUAAUAGAUAUAGAUACAGCUAGAGAACACCUGACAGAAGCUAUAUUUAAAAUGUGGGAAAUGGAAGCAGCUGCAAUUUCGGAUGGUAUGAUUGAAGAAGUUUUUGAUAAUUCUGAUGGUAUUGAAACCUCUUCCAUACCAAAAGUUAUCCUAAAUGAAAAGUCUUCAUGUCCAACAUAUUCAUCUAAUGAUCAGAGGGUUCCAUCAUUUCAAAAUUGCAAUAAUCGUUCAUUAAAUAGGAAGAGAGCAAAACAUGUGGAAGAAGAAAGCUUGCAUUCGGAUAAAUUGAAUAAUCACAAUAAAGAAGCAGGGACCUCAAGAGGAGAAGAAGACAUGUGCUCAACAGCUGAAUCUUCAGCAUCUAAGAGGCAGAGUACUAGCAGAAUAUCAUUCUCUGUUCCCCAAUCUUUCGCUUCAUCCGAUGUCAGGCCUUUGCAGGAGUAUGAAUCUUCUGAUCUGAAGCAAUCAUGGCAAGAAAAGAUUGACUUGGAACAGACUUCAAGCAGAAAUGCAGGAGCUAUGGGAUAGUAGUGCGGGUAUCUCUCUCAUAUUCCCAGGCAAUGACCUACUGAUCAAGAAGAUCCAAACGGUCAGCACAUGAAUGCUGCAGCUUUUAUUCUGUUUUCAUUUAGGCUCGACUAACUUAAAUGUUUCCUAUCAUAUGCUUGCGUUCUGAUCAGUUGUUUAUAUAUAGAUAUUCUCUUCUAGCUAUCGCUCCAAGUAUAGAACAAAUCACCAAAUAUUUGGGGUUUAGGCUUAUGUUUAGUUGCUCAUGUCUGCACAUGUUCUUGCCAAUGAUGUAGUUAUAACUAUGUAAUCAAGGUUACAUCCUGUAGCAAAUAAAUAAAGUUGUCUAUCUGUUAUCUACCA